AUGGAAGGAAAUGCUGUCACAUCAAGAGAAGAACACCAAAGUGAAGAAGAGUGGGAUCUGGAGGCAAUGGUCGCUUCUGCAGAGGUUGUUGAAGAAGAAAGCAGAAGUGAAGAACAAGCAUUGACUGUGCAAAGUCAAGGCAUGAAUUAUAAUAAAAAUUGGAUCUUCGACUCAGGGUGUUCGGAUCACAUGACGGGAGACAAAGAGAAUCUUAAUGUGACAACAAAGUAUAAAGGAAGGAGAGUCGUGGUGACAGCCAACAAUACGAAGUUGCCGAUAGCACACGUGGGGAACGCAAUUAUAGCUUCGAGCUCCAAUGCUAAAGAUGUCCAGUUGGAAGAAGUUUAUCAUGUACCAGGAAUCAAGAAGAAUCUGAUUUCAAUAACGCAACUCACGGCACCAGGAAACUACGUUGUAUUCGGCCCAAAAGAUGUUAAAGUCUGCAAGGAAGUGGAGAUCAUUGGCACGCCAAUCAUGGAAGGAAUCAAGAAAAAUUCUAUGUACGUGAUGUCCGCGGAAUCUGCCUGCAUUGAUAGUACGAGGAAGAAUGAGACAGCUGACUUAUGGCACGCACGCCUAGGUCAUGUGGGAUAUCACAAGCUGAAGGUCAUGAUGAAGAAAUCUAUGUUGAAAGGUCUUCCCCAGUUGGAGGAGUGUACCAAGAGAUUCGUGAAGAAGAUCGACCGAGUCAGUUUGAAGAAUUUAAAGAAGACUCAGAAAAAGAUCUACCAGAACUCAGAAGGUCGAAAAGGAUCAGAAGGCUAA